AUGUCUGGCCUCGAGAAGGCGCUGUUCAAUCUGAAGUUUACUUCGAAACAACUCAACCGACAAGCCGCCAAAGCCGACCGCGAUGCCCGCGCCGAGCAGGCCAAACUCAAGAAAGCCCUGACCCAGACCCCUCCUCAACCGCAAAUCGCCCGCCUGUAUGCCACCAACUCAAUCCGCAACUCCCAGCAAAGGAUCCAACUACUCACCCUGGCCGCCCGGAUCGACGCCGUCGCGGCGCGAGUGCAAACGGCCAUCACGAUGCGGACCGUGACUGCGUCGAUGGCACAGACUGUCAAAGGAAUGGACGUGGCCUUGAAGAGCAUGGACCUGGAAAAGAUCGGUGCCGUCAUGGAGAAGUUCGAGUCGCAGUUCGAGGACCUCGACGUUGUCUCGGGCUAUUAUGAAGGCGUGGCGGGCGGCGUCGAGAGCCAGCAGAUCGGAGUCGAGGGCCAGGGCGAGGUCGAGGCUCUGAUAAAUCGCGUCGCGGACGAGGCGGGCGUCGAGCUGUCGCAGGAAAUCCAGCAGAAAGUGCCCGAGCACGAGCUGGCUGCGGCGGAAUCUGCGGACAGGGCCAAACUUGAAGAAGGGUUGGGUGAUAGGUUGCGGGCGCUGAGGAAUUGA